ACAUCGACGACGAGUCCAUCACAUCGAUGGAGGGCUCGACCAACGCCUUAUGCACUGGUGUUCAGCACCACUCCAUCAUGUAUUCCACCAAAUGUCUCGUUUUGGUCUCUCGUUUCAAUUACAAAGAAGCCUUAAAGAACUGUUUGACAAUCAUAUACACUGUUUAUAUCGAUAAUAUGGACUUCUCAUUGGAGACGAUAGUAAGCAAUAUCCUCGCCUGCGUUGAUGUCCCGCAACCAGGCGGACCUCAGAUACGAUUCUCAAUCGGCGCGAACGACCGUCAGUUCCUUCAGCCCCCUCUGAGCCCAACCAUUCCGGUCACAAACACUACGGUUUAUAAUUUGUUUGAAGAGUUGGGCAUUCAUUCGGUCGUGAAUCUGGUCUGUGCGGCGAUGACUGAGCAUAAGAUCCUCUUUCACUCGCGUUCGUACACCCGCUUAACGGACGCCUGUCUCGCGGUCACAGCACUCAUGUAUCCGUUUGUUUACAAUCAUAUAUACAUUCCGAUUCUGCCGUCGCCUUUACUCGAAGUCCUGUCAACUCCGACACCAUUUCUGAUGGGUAUUCACUCGUCGCUGAAGAACGAAGUCACAGAUCUUUUGGAUGUAAUAGUAGUGGAUUUAGACGGCGGUUCAGUAACGAUACCGGAUUGCCUACGAGUGCCAGACAAAGAAAUUAGAGCCAUAUUUUUGCGGACAUUCACUCAAAUACUUCAGGGCUACCGAUCAUGUCUUACAAUUACACGCAUUCAUCCAAAACCAAUCAUUACUUUUCAUAAAUUAUAUUCAACGCUUCAAACUUUGUUCAAAGAAGAGGCAAGAAAUCCGGAUUUGGUUUUGCAACACAUCCGAGACUUAGCGCAACAAUUCUAUACCAAUGAAAACCCGAACCCACAGAACCAGUCGUCGAAAAUCCCGUUACCGACCGACGGGGCGUUCACUCGCAUUCAUUUGCCUCCCUUUCCCACACUGAACGCCGAAACGGUUCAGGAAUUGGUUGAUAACGAACAGAUCAAAAAGGAGAUGACAAUCACCAGACGUCUCAGCAAUAAGAAUAUGAACGUUAGAAUAGUGCCGAUGGGAACACCCAUCUCAGCGGUCAAUGAUAUAUUUGGUGCCAACGAUAUCAUCACUAAUUCUGCCCGAAGGCUGGAAGUGAUGCGCAAUUGUAUUAAUUGUAUUUUUGAGAACAAAAUAUCGGACGCGAAGAAGACGUUUCCGGCGGUUCUGCGGGCGUUGAAGACGAAAAACGCACGUUUGGCUCUCUGUCAGGAGUUGGCGUUUCACAUGUCGGGCAAUAAGGCUGUGUUAGAACACCAACAGUUCGACCUCAUUGUCCGUCUCAUGAACUGCGCUCUUCAGGACGACUCGCAUCUCGAUGUGAACGGAGUGGCGGCCCAUAUGUUGCCGCUGGCUGUCCGGAAGACAGCGUUUGAUACAUUGGGAGUCAAGACCCUUGUCUGGAAGAUAAGACUACAGCUUUUUGUUCAGAAAAACUUAUACAAAAAGAGCGAAGAAUCGCCACCAGAGGAGUCGACUGAUGUGAAUGCGAGAAACAGUGCAACCGAUUUGAAACGGGCGUCAAAUUUACAACAAAGUCUUGAAUUGUCUGCGUUAGAGAUAGCGGCCGAACAAAUGAGAUUAGGGCCGCAAUUGACUCCCGAGAAGUUGGAAACGCUGGUCAUCGACGAGAACUCAGUGGUCUUCGCACAAGUAAUUCGUUACGCGGACCGAAUGGUAGCCAUGAGAGUGCCAUUAGACGCCGCCCACAAGACUUUCAAGGGCUCGUCAGAAAGUGAUAACACCUCGAUCUCAAACCUAACCAAUUCUAACGCUUAUGACGGCGGCAGCGGUUCUAACGGUUCUAACAAUAACGACAACGAAUCUGGCUUUGAAGAAGACAAUCAUCACUCGCAUAGUAUCAGUCACUCAGAAAUAGCGGCAAAUGUUAUUAAGUUUGUGACCCGUUUUGCCGACAAAGUGUGUACCGAUAGCAGUGUGAAUGAAGAGCACAUCAAACAAUUGCAUCAAAUGAUUCCACAAUUGGUUUACAUGCAAAUGGAAAGUCUUGAGUCGGUUUGGCGCGAAAGCAAACGCUUGCCGCCCAUCACGAAGCCUAAGAUCACGACACCUAACUUAUUGGUCGGCGAAGAACUCACACUCCCUGGCCUUCGGGCGUAUCUCAUACACGACGGUCGCGAUGAGGGGCAGUGCGGAGUGCCGUUCGGCACACAACUGUUGCCCACCGAAGGCGCUAUAUUUGUCUCUAACUAUCGAAUUAUAUUCAAAGGUCGUCCGUGCGAUCCGUUCGCAUCCGAAUCGGUUGUUGUCCGCAGUUUUCCGAUCGCAACACUCACUAAAGAGAAACGAAUUAGCAUUCAGUCCAUCACAUCCAACAAUAGUAGAGACGGAAACAAUUUAUGUGCGAACAAAAGUACGGCUAAACCCCAAAACAUAAGCCGUAAAGAGCAGCCAAUGGGUCACAGACUUAAU